GCCAAUAACUGGAGAGACCACUGCUUAGGGUUUUAUAACUAGGAGAGAAUAAGCAUUACUACACAAGCAAGAUAUAAAAAAGAGAAAUCAUGUCGAAGAAGAUCAAAAAGUGUCUCCCAUCGAAUGAGCUUCUCGAAGAUCUUUGCAUUCGAUUUGUUCUGAAUGCCCCUGAAGAAGAUCAACAGUCUUUCGAGAGGAUUUUGUUUCUUGUUGAGUGUGCUUAUUGGUACUACGAAGAUAGCGUUGUAGAGAACGAUCCUAGGCUCAUGUCCCUGCCGUUUAAAGGGUUUACGUGUCUCCUAUUCAAAAGCUGCGAGAUGUUGAGACCUUACCUUGCUCACAUCGACGACAUAUUCAGAGAUUUCAGUUCUUACAAGAGCCGAGUUCCCGUGGCGGGUGCGAUUAUCUUGGACGAGACAUAUGAACGUUGCUUGUUGGUCAAGGGAUGGAAAAAAUCGUCAACCUGGAGCUUUCCGCGUGGGAAGAAGGGUAAGGAUGAAGAAGACUAUGGUUGUGCUGUACGCGAGGUAUUGGAAGAAACUGGGUUUGAUGUCUCCGAGCUGCUUAAGAAAGAAGAAUAUAUUGAGAUUACAUUCAGAGGAGAGCAAAGUGUGCGGCUUUACGUUGUUGCUGGUGUGAAAGAUGAUACAGCUUUUGCACCGUUAACCAAAAAGGAAAUCAGCCAAAUCGCAUGGCAUCCGCUUGAUCGGCUUGAUGAUGGAGUUACUGGUCUCAAGCUGUACAUGGUGGCACCUUUUCUUGCAUCGUUGAAGUCGUGGAUAUCAAAGCAUCCGUCUCCUGUAGCGCGGAGACUUGACAAGCCCAUUAAAGCAAUCUGUGUUUGGAAUGCAAAGAAGGCAACAACAACGGAAAGAAGUUACAAUAAAAAAGCCUCGAAACAGUCUCUGAAGUUCAACACAUUAGCACUCUUGCCGGCCAAGGAAUCAUGUUCUUCAGCUUGACUAAUUAAAGAUAUAUAUAUAUAUAUAUGGGUGGUCAAUAUAUGCGGUUGGAUUGGUGGGUUUGUGUAGAGCAAAACAGUUGGAUAUGUUAAUUAUUUCUUUGCUAUUUAGUUUAUACCUGUGGCUCUCGUUUCUUUUAGAAGGAAGUGUUUAAUUCUUGUACAUGAAUCAUGAUAGGGGCUAGUAGA